GAGAGAGAGAGAGAGAGAGAUGUACUCCGUUUUAAGUUAGUCUGAAAUAUGACGCACAAUUAGGAGCUUUGUUUUUAACCAGAAAUUACGUCCCGUUUACGACAUUUGUUCAAGUUCACGUUAAGGUCUUUACGCUCUCCGUGGUGCUGAGAACGCGGCGUGAAAUGAAAGACAAAGGAAGUCACGGCUGUGUUGCGUUGAAUUGGAGGUCUGUUUCUACGCCCCUAGACGUAAUUUACACACGCAAACUCUCCGAGAGCUUCAGUCACCGCCUGUAAGGGACAGGACACGCACCAUAACUUACUGUACAAACAACGAAUAACACCGUAAAGGACUGAGGGGAAAAGAUGGGUGUUGGUGUAUUUAACAUUACCGACCACAGAUGCUCUGAAAUGGACGGAAAACAGCUGAAUUUGUUCGAGAGAAGGUCAUGAUGAAUGUCCAAAAGGGUAUAAGUGUACAAUCAGACCCAGGAAACAUGGACUCAAACUUAAGUCUUGCUGCAUGCUUCAGCUAUGCCAAUAAGACAAAUCCAUAUGUGGAAUGUCCUUUCAAGCCUUCAGUGGUGGUGCUUAUGAUUCUGGGACUGAGCUCUUUGAGUCUGAUUACAGUUAUCGGCAAUGUUCUGGUCAUUGUCUCCAUCAAGGUCAAUAAAAACCUUCAGACAGUUAAUAACUGUUUCCUCUUCAGCUUGGCAUGUGCAGAUCUCAUCAUCGGUGUGUUUUCCAUGAACCUCUAUACAAUCUACAUUGUGAAUAGGUUCUGGCCUUUAGGGCCUAUCGUCUGUGACUUGUGGUUGGCUCUCGACUAUGUGGCAAGCAACGCUUCUGUCAUGAACCUCCUUAUCAUCAGCUUCGACCGCUAUUUCUGCGUCACCAGGCCACUUAGCUACCCAGUCAAAAGGACGACCAGGAUGGCGGGAAUGAUGAUCGCAGCCGCCUGGGUCUUGUCUUUUGUCCUGUGGGCACCAGCCAUCCUUUUCUGGCAGUUCAUCAAGGGUGGCCGCACAGUGCCUAAAGGCAUAUGUCAAAUUCAAUUCUUUUCUAAUGCUGUGGUCACUUUUGGCACAGCUAUCGCUGCAUUCUACCUGCCUGUGGUCAUAAUGAGCGUGCUGUACUGGCAGAUCUCCAAGGCAAGUCGCAGCCGUGUCAGGAGGAGAGAAUGUCACAAAACUUCUGAAGUCAGUCAGGAAGGCAGGACUCAGGCCACUGUCUCGACCACAGAGGAGAACAGAGAGGGGAAGGAAGGCAAGGAAGCAGAGGGUUUGCAUGUACACUGCCCUGGUUCCAGCACUAUAAUAGGUGAGGACAGGGAGAGUGAAAAUGACUCCACAUCAGGCAGCAUCUUGGCGUCAUUCAGUCAGAGAGAGGAUGCGGUUUCUAACGGUGAUGUUCAGAGCACUCCAACAAAGAGAGCAAGAAAAAGCCAUGCAAAACUAACCUGUUUGGCAAUUUCAUCAAAAGAGACUAUGGGUAACAGUGCAAAUCAGAACACCAGCCAUCAUAAGGAGAAGCAGAGCCUGGUUGCCCUGAUCUUCAUGCCUCCAAACAAGAAAAAGAGGAAGAAUGGGUGCUCCAGAGAGAGGAAGGUUACAAGGACAAUCAUGGCUAUUCUUCUGGCCUUUGUGAUCACUUGGACCCCUUACAAUGUCAUGGUUCUGAUCAACACCUUCUGCUCUGACUGCAUCCCUAACUCCAUGUGGACACUGGGGUACUGGCUGUGUUACAUCAACAGCACAGUUAACCCCGCCUGCUAUGCCCUGUGCAAUGCCACCUUCAAAAACACCUUCAAGCAGCUGCUGUUGUGCAAGUACAAAAACAUUCGCACAGUCAGAUAAAACCUGUAUGUGGUUUCUGUAAAGCUGAUGAGUCUAACGUACGAAUUUGGUUCCACAUCCAAAAGUUUUUUUAAUAGACCAGAGCGAUGGUAUUAAUAUGAACUCCACACACACCAUGGGAGGGACAUGUCACAUUCAAGUCACUUUCAGUAUACGGCUAAACAGGGAUGAAAAGCUGGAGGUCCCCCAUAGAGACAAUUACAGCUUUGUAUAGGGUGUGUCAUUGAGUAUUGAGUUCAGAUAACGCUAGAUUUUACCAAGAACGAAAGAAAACAACCCAUUUAGGAUUAUAAUGCAAACUAGAAUAUGUUUAAGAUGUAAAUUGUUCAAUUAUUCAUUCAUUCAGCUUCAUUCAGUAAACAAUUUAUCCUGGUCAGGGUCAUGGUGGAUCCAGAGUCUAUCCCGGGACUGCUGGGUAUGACACCAGGGGACACCAGUCCACCACAGGAAACACACAUAUGAGUGGAAAAUCCACGUAGACAGGAAGAGAACAUUCACAACCUGAAUUUAGGAUGAUGUCUGGGUGUGUGAGGCUGAGUGGCUUUAAUGCUACAGCAUUAUGCAUUACCACACUACUACACCCCACACACACUUAUCCAUUAAUAACAGACUCUAGAGCUUUGACCAAAUUCAUGCUAUGUAGUGGUGCACUAUUCUCAGAUAAAACUCUGCUGAUUAAUAAAGAACACUAUGCUUUGCUCUAUGGACUAAUAUAUACCGUAUUUACAGUUGUGUUUCUAAUUUAGGUAAAAUGAACAGCUUCUAUCUGUGUUUUCAGAGAAUCCUUUCUGAACUGUUGUGGCUAAUACACAACAUCUAAGACUAAUCAUAUCUUAUGAAUCGGGCCUCAUUUAUCAAGCUACUACAGACACCACUGCAUGUAUUUAACAAGUCAAACUCGAUGCCAACAGUGUCAACGGUCUACAAGUCUAGUUCUCCUUGUUACUAAUCUGUAGGCCAGAAAAACCCUUAAAAUAUAAUUAGAAUGUGAAGGAAGCGAUUGAAGAAACAGUAUUUCAGAUAUUUGACCUUGCAUUUUUUGACUAGUGAUAAUGAUAAUUAAAUAAAAAUCCUACAAACAUUUAACCACUUGUUCUUAAGAAAUUAUAAUGAAUCUAACUCAUCCCACACUAUCUGGCUGAGGUAUAACAAAAUACUCGAAGGCAUUUACACAGGAAAUGCGUUAUUCUUAAAAAAUAUUCCUGAUUUGAAUUUUCAUUGAUUGGCUUCAACGUGUAUAAUUACAUGAGUUUUUCAAUGUGGAUUAUGGUGAUUGUGGAUUGUGAAAAUGAAGGUCAUUACGUUAAUACGUUAAUACAUAACUAAUUAACUAACUUACUAACUAACUAGCUGUUUAAGUUCCAUACACGUUUAAUGAAAAUGUAUGAAUGUCAUUUUCAUAUUAUUAUAAAAGAAAUCCAAAAGAAAUCCAUGAAUUAAGACAAAUAAGAACAGAUUUUUAAAACAAUGGCAUGCUAUAAGAGGAAGGAGUGUGUGUGUGUGUGGAUGCUGAUGUGUUGUUGUCUGAGCUGGUUUAUACUGAAGUUCUAGCUCACGCCGAACUUAAAGAGACGCACUUUUAGCAUUUAAGCAUAUUAACUUUUAAUGGAAUUUUGUGGUCAUCAACUAAAUGCAACUCAUCCAUUCACACAAAGCACUUUCACUUCACACUUGAUGGUUAUAAGUGUAAACAUGUGAGUAUGAAGAAAAACAGCAUUACUGUACUUUUCGUAAACCUGGUAGGGAUUUUUCAGUACGGUUUUGGCAAACAAGAAGACUUUAAACACACUUUUCUAAGAGAAUGAUAAAUGAGGCCCAUUAAUGUUACAGACUCCAGACCUUCUGGACAGAUUUUAAUAGCAAUUCACUUUUUAUCUUUGAUGCAUCUGUUAGUGUGUAAAUCCUUAAACCGUUUGAAGCUGCAUUUAAAAUACAUGCCACGUGAACCCCGGGCACAGCUUGGAGCAUUUAAAGAAAAUUUCAGUUGAAAUGGCUUUUUUUUUCCAACAGUGGUAAAUGAUGUGUUUUGUGUGCGAGUGUGUGUGUGUGUGUGUGUGUGUGUGUGUGUGUGCUACCAAACCAAAACUAUUUUCUACAGAUUUUGAAGAGGAGGAAAAGGACAAACCUGAUUUUCCUGCUCAUGACCAGGGAGUUGUGGUUGUGUAAUUAAAGUAAAUAUACGAGAUGCGAGUUAACAGCAUAAAGCUUUGGAAGCUGCUACCAUGCACUUAAUAUGUUAGAUUAUUAAGAGAGUGUUAGAAGAUAACUACUCUGAACUGAACUUAGUUUUAAACAUGAGUUAAUAUUUAUCCUGAUAUCUAUAUUAAACAGCAGUCCUUUGAUAUGGCUGUUUCUUUCACUGUUUGCAAUUAAUCAUUAAAAUGUGCCUAUUAUCUGUGUGUUAUCUGGAGCUCUUCUUCACACGGCUGAGCAAAAUCAUAACCGAAUAUUGAUUACACAAUAAAGUACUCCUUUUCCUGA